AUGGGAGGAGCCUGGGAGCGUUUGGUGCGUUCCGUUAAGGAUGUACUUUAUAAAAUUUUACCAUCACGCAAUCCUAAUGAUGAGCUCUUACGUAGUUCCUUAAUGGAAGUGGAGAUAAUUGUGAAUUCUAGACCACUUACAUACAUUCAAAUUGAUCAUGAAGAAGAGGAAUCCCUGACUCCUAACCACUUUCUGCUUGGCAGUUCUAGUGGUAUUAAGCCAAUAAUUGAAGAUGUAAGCAAGGGAGUGCAACUCCGAAGAAAUUGGCAAACCGCUCAACAACUUGCAAAUGGAUUUUGGAAAAGAUGGCUACGUGAAUAUCUACCAGUUAUAACUCGACGUUGCAAAUGGUUUGAUGAAGUAAAACCAAUCGAAGUAGAUGACAUCGUACUCAUUGCUGAUCCUGAUAGUUCUAGAUUCUGUUGGCCAAAAGGAAGAAUCAUUGCCACUAAAGCCGGCGCUGACGGUAGAUUUAUAGGAGAUCGGCUUCUGGACAUUCCAUGUAAAGUUUGUGGUGAUAGAAGCUCAGGAAAACACUAUGGAAUAUACAGCUGUGAUGGUUGUUCUGGUUUCUUUAAACGCAGCAUACACCGAAAUCGAAUAUACACUUGCAAAGCAACUGGUGAUCUAAAAGGCCGCUGUCCCGUUGACAAAACUCAUAGAAAUCAAUGUCGAGCUUGUCGUCUAGCUAAAUGUUUUCAAUCAGCAAUGAACAAAGAUGCUGUUCAACAUGAACGCGGUCCCCGGAAGCCAAAACUCCAUCCCCAGCUUCACCACCACCAUCAUCAUCACCAUCAUGCUAAUGGAUUGGGCCACCCUAAUCCGCAUCUUCCGGUUUCUCUGGUGACAAAUGUUUCGGCUUCGUUCAACUACACUUCGCACAUCUCGGCCCAUGCGGGGGGUUUCCAUCCACCACCGCCGUCACAUCUGCACGGAGCCUCUGGCAUAGGUGGACCACCUCCACCUCCACCGACAAUGCCCUUUCCACCACAUCUGCUUCCCCAAAUGCACCAUAAUCUCAUGGAGGUGUCGAAAAUGUCCGCCGCUGGCGCCGACCGACUGCCAUCGCACAGUUUCGACCUAACCACAUCGCCUCCCAGCAGUGGCGGUGGAAGUCAGGGAGAUUUCUACAAGCCCCAUCAUCAUCACCUUCACAAUCUCUCGCCAUCACCUUCGAGUUCCAUUCAAAGUAUAUCGAGUGUAGGCGGACCCGAAUCCGAAGGUUCGGAGAGUCCAAAGCUCAAUGUAGAGUCCUCCCCAUCGUCAACCCCAACUCUGCCCUGUGCUCCCAUUAAGGAGCUUUUGCCUCCCAACAAUAACAACAACAACAACAAUAGCACUUCUCCCAACAACAACAAUCAUUCCAAUGGUGGGCUGCCGAGCCGACAAAAUGGCUUCUUGGAAUUGUUAUUGAGCCCCGAUAAGUGUCAAGAAAUCAUCCAAUACCAGAUGCACAAUUCGAUACUCUUCCCACCGCUUCCUCAGACAUUGAUAGGAAUGGAUUCGAGGUUGUUGUCGUGGGAAAUGCUCCAAGAAACAACUGCCCGAUUACUGUUUAUGGCUGUGCGAUGGGUCAAGUGCCUCAUGCCCUUCCAAACGCUGACCAAGAACGAUCAACAUUUGCUUCUUCAGGAAUCCUGGAAGGAACUAUUUCUGCUGAACCUUGCGCAGUGGAGUAUCCCUCUAGACCUGGCUCCGAUUCUCGAUUCCCCAAUGAUCAAGGAGAGAGUUCUUCAAGACGAAGCCACCACAACCGAGAUGAAGACAAUUCAGGAGAUUCUCACACGAUUUCGCCAAAUCUCCCCCGAUGGCAGUGAAGUUGGCUGCAUGAAGGCGAUUUCCCUUUUCGCACCUGAAACUCCCGGUCUGUGUGACGUCCAGCCAGUGGAGAUGCUCCAGGACCAAGCUCAGUGUAUACUUUCCGAUCAUGUUCGGAUUCGUUAUCCUCGCCAGGCGACUCGCUUUGGCAGACUGCUCUUGCUGCUUCCCUCGCUCAGGACAAUACGCGCCUCGACCAUUGAAGCCUUAUUUUUUAAGGAAACCAUUGGCAAUGUACCAAUUGCAAGACUCCUGCGUGACAUGUAUUCUAUGGAACAAUACGCCAUGGAGAAGGUUUGAGUUGUUAUCGCGUGACGUCGUCGUUGGCGAAUAACUGACGGAGUUCACAGAGGUGACGGAGGUAACUUGGGAAGAGAAACCAACGAGGACGACUCUUUGCCAUCAAUGUUGUUCUUUAAUUCCGCAGAACUGAUGUUCUCCAGUGUUUUGUUUCUAUAUAACUUCCUUCCUUUUUUUGUAUAUCGUUUGUUCAUUCCAAUCAACCGCCAUGUUAUGUUUUCUUUUGAUUAUAUCUAACGGGAAAAAAUAAUUUUCCAACAUUGAGGGUGUUUUUUGUAUUACCUCGCCCUUAUUCAAUGAUUCACCUGUGUGUGUUUUCUUAUGUCGAUUUUUUUGAUGAGAAGAUGGAAAAAUAACUUUGCUUCGGGGAGAAGCAAAUUGGAUUUGACUUUUUUUCUAACUUCUAAUAUUUAUUUCGCUUUUUUUUACAAUCUUUUUUAAAGCAAGCAAGGCUUGAGAAUUAAAAUAAACAUUCAAAAUAUAAUUUGAAAAAGAAAAAAAAAAGAAAAACAAAGCUAUAAUCAAAGAAAAAAUAAUAUGUAUUGUUAAAAAUAAUGCUAAA